AUGCUGAACUUAACGCUGCCCUGGAAACGCAGCGCCGCCGAGGCCGACGAACCGUCGGAACAGCCUUCCAGGCGGCGUCCCACCAGAAACGCGGCCAGCCGCAGUCGUCGGCUGGGCACGAGCGACGCCGACAUCGCGCAGGCAGCGCGCAACCGGCGCCGGCUGGAUUCACGCCGGCAACGGAUUGCAAUUGUUGUCGGAGCCGUGCUGAUACUGGUGAUCGUCGGCGUGGUGCUGGCCGGCGUGUUUCAGCAGUUUAUCCUCCCGCCGCGGGUAAUGGCCGGAGAGGUCAGGAACGAACAAUUCAGCAUGGGUGACCUGGUCGAGCGGAUCCGCGUGCUGCAGGGGAUCAACCGCUACCAGGGUGGACAGGUGGAUUUCAGCCGGAUACCGUUCCAAUUGCUGACGGACUUGCUGCACGCCGAGAUAUUGCGCCAGGCGGCGCCCGGUCUUGGCAUAGAGAUCACCGACGAACAGAUUGACGAUGCGAUCAAGGGCCAAUUCCGGCCGGAACCGGAGCCGGGGCAGGACGUAAGCGACGCCCAAUUGGACGCCGAGUUCGACAACACCUACACGAAUUUCCUGACCCAGGUCAACCUGACAAACGACACCUACCACCGGAUCAUGGAAGAGCGGCUACACCAGAGCUCGUUGUUCGGCAUCAUGCUGGCGAACUUACCGGAGGAGGCGCCGCAGGUAGAGAUCCAAGCCGUUACGCUCAGCCUGAACUCCACCGCAUCUCCCGAAGGGGUACGCGAGCGGUUGGUGCUGGGUCAGGAUUUCGCGUCCGUUGCCCGAGAGAUUUCCGGCUCGGAUGGAUACAUCGGUUGGGUGCCUGAAGGAGCGUUCCCGGAGUUUGACCGCUACCUGUUCGGCGAGACCGACAUAGCCGAAGACGGGAGCGAAACACGCAAACCUGCCACGCUGGAACUUGGCGAAAUAUCCCCUCCCAUCUACGUGGACGAGUCGAUCUUCAUCAUCCAGGCCAUCGGUGGGCCGGAAACGCAGGAGGUCGAUUCCCGAAUGCUGUUCCAAAUGGCCAGCGCGCUGGUCGAGAAAUGGAAGGACGACCAGUUGCAACGCGGGUCCGAAGACGGGUGGGUAAAGAUCAACUUUGAUAGCAACCGGUACGCUUGGGUGACUGACCAGGUUCGUUUGACACGACCGCGGGUCACUCCCCAACCGCAGCAGUAG